AUGGCGCCAGCUCAGAAACCACUUCUGAAGCUUGAAGAGAAAGAUGUUGUACUCAUCAAACCAUCAAAAUCAUCUCCUUCCUCUGUUCUUCCUCUGUCCACUCUUGACAAUAGACCUGAUGUCAAUUUCCUAUGCCAAACUGUUCACGUAUACCGACCAACAGUGCAUGACUCUGAUUCAAUAGACCCUGCUCAAGUGGUCAAAGAAGCACUCUCAAAGGCUUUGAUUUAUUACUACCCUCUUGCAGGGAGGCUAGUAAGACAUGGUGAUGGAAAACUCAGAGUCCUUUGCGAUGAAGAAGAAUAUGGUGUUCCAUUCAUAGAGGCAGUUGCUAGCUGCAGCCUUUCUUCUGUUGAUUACUUGGAUGGUGCUGACACUGAAUUUGCAAGACACUUGGUGUUUGAUCUUCCUACUGAGGAUGAACAAGGUUACCAAUACCCAUUGGUGAUCAAGUUGACCAAAUUUCUUUGUGGAGGUUUCACAAUUGGAUUGGGAAUGUCACAUAGUGUUGUUGACGGCAUCGGAGGAUUUCAAUUCUUCCGCGCGGUUGUUGAACUCGCGAGCGGAAGAAGCGAGCCCUCCGUGAAGCCUGUGUGGGAGAGACACAGACUGGUGGGAUUAAAAUCAAUCACAGAUGAAGAAACAUUGACACGGCAACCCAUGAAUAACGCAUCUUCGGCGGUUUCACCGUUUCUGCCAAAAGAUGAACUCAUUCAAGUCUGUUUUAAGGUGAGCGGUGAGACCUUAAAAAGACUCAAGUGGAGUUUGGAAAAGGAAAGUAAUGAUGGGAGUAUCGUGACGAGUUUCGAAUCACUUGGAGCCUACGUGUGGAGGUCGAGAACGAGAGCGUUGGAACAAAACAACGACGGUAAAACGCAGUUUUCUUUCCUUGUGGGAGCAAGAAAGCACUUGUUGCAUGAGUCUCCUUUACUAGAAGGGUACUACGGGAACGCGAUUGUGGAUGCGUACGUAGUACUGACAGUAAAGGAGCUCAACAAAAUGUCGCUCUCUGAUAUUGUGAAACGUAUCAAAGAAGCUAAAAAAGCUGCUUUUGCUGCGGAUUAUGUUAAAAACUUUAUGAACACUAAGGAGUCCAAUCCAGUAGUGGAUUUUACCCUGUAUGGUAACGGUGCAAUCAUAUUUCUAACUGAGUGGAAGCAUGUGGGUUUCUCACAAGAUGUAGAUUUUGGAGGGAAUGAAGCUGUGAAUAUGGUACCUGCCCCUAGCGGCUUGUUUGGCGGUCCGCCUUCGUGCAUCUUCGCGCCUCCUAACAAAUUGGAUGAUCCGUCAAUGAAAGGAGGAGUUAGAAUUUUCACCACGCUCCCAGUUGAUGCUGUGGCAAAGUUCAGGAAGGAAAUGGAAGCCAUGAAUGCGAUCUGA